GUUGAGUCAUCGCCCCAAGUAGAUAAAAAUCAAAAUACAUUGAUGUCUCAUAUAUACUUGGCUUUCGGGUCCUCAGAGCGUAAGGUUGAUCUCUCAUUAUUGGUAUUUAUUUCUAUUUCCAUAUUCAGUUGAAAUUUCUCAAGUAAUUGAUAAUAUUCUUUCCAUUGAAGCCUAUUUAUUAGGUUAGGAGGUAGCUUUGUUGCUCUUAGCAUCAUGAUUUCAACUGGAAAUAUCCCUGAAGGCGCUAUCGACGGCCGCCAAGCCGCAGAUAGACCCCCUGCUGAUCACAUCGUACCAAAGCCGAUUCCCGACUCGCAGGCCCGGGAUCCCCGGAAGUACCAGCUGAAUCAGAUGAAAAGGCGCUUCUCUCCCACACAAAAUACGCUGCAAGAUGGAACAACAAAUUUGCUAUUCCGGCUCAAGCCAUCUGAUCCGGACUUUCCUUUCGAGUUGGAUUAUCUAGAGUGCGAGCUUCAGGUACCUGCCUCAUAUCCAGAGAACCCCCCUGUUCUUCGAGUUAAGAAUAAAGACAUCCCCCGGGGGUUCGCCGUCAACAUAGAAAAGGGAUGGAAUAGGCUAGUCCAGGAAAAUAAAGGCUCAACUCUGCUGGCUCUUACCAAUGCUUUGGAUAAGAACCUUGAAGUGUUCCUCUCGGAGCGGAAGACUGAGACAGUUACCCUGUUAUCCUUUAAGGAUACCAGACACCUGAAUAACUCAGCCGCUGCAUUAGACGAAACUGCAUCAACUUCAUCUCGACCGGUAAAGGCGCCACCAAAGCCUGCUCCGACAGCACCUCGAAGACCAUAUGUACCGGAGGAGUCUUUUACGGAAGAGCAAAUUGCCGCGGCGAGAGCAAGGCGAGCGCAAGAGAUCAGACAGCUCGAAUCUCGAAUGUCUCGGACGCCUCACUACCAAAAAUCCGCGGAUGGAAUUGUUUACACGUUACCUUUGGAGCCAAGACGACGGAGCGAACUGCCGCCGGAACUGCAGCAAAUUCAAUCAGUCCAGUUGAUUAUCCCUUUGCUUUACCCCCUGCAGCCGUUGAGAGCCCUGUUUAAUAAUGUCGAGUCAAAAGAUGUCGAGGCCUUGGAGGAAAUCUUCGCGGCCAAGGCUGCGCAACAAAAGCAGAUGAACUUGACGAGCCAGUUGAACUACCUCUCGCAAAAUAUUCACGUCUUGGCUAAACAGGCCCGCGCAGCAAAGAUUCAAUCCGAGGUGGCGGCUCCAAAAGGGAAUACCGAGGUGGUUAGUGCGCCAGCUCGGCAGAUAGGAGCUCCAAAGGAUAUCAGUGACGACGGGAAAAGCCGUAUUCAUGUUAUUCCCCGCCCUCCCGAAUGGAGCUUCGGCCACGAAUCCGGCGACUCGGAUAACUCUGACGACGACGAUUCCUGGGACUCGGAGGACGAUUCCGACGAAGGGGGCGCGGAAAUCAACACACGGGCCGAAGGCGGCUCGGGUAGCAUCACACAGCAGGUGGAAAGGGGCACGGCGAUGUCGUUCCCGUCGAUCGAACUGCACGGCAUCGAGCUGCUGCAGGUAUCGAUAUUGAACCUCAGCGUCAAGUGCGAACGGUGCAAAACGCUCAACGACGCGACGGGGCUAAAGCCGGAAGUCGAAAAGACGGGCAGCUGUAGGAAGUGCGCCACGGCAUUUACGGCCAAGUUCCGCCAGGAGACGGUGCAUCAGAACUCGACGAGGGCCGGGUUUAUUGAUGUCGCCUGCUGCACCGUCGCCGACAUGCUUCCCAGCACGUUCGUGCCUACCUGCUCGCGCUGCUCGACGCCCAGCCAGGGGCUCGUGACCGUGCGCGGCGACGCCGUCACCAACGUGUGCCGGGAGUGCCACGCGAAGUUCACCUUCAAGAUCCCGGAAGUCAAGUUCCUCGCGAUAAGCCAGGGCGCCCUGCCGCCGCCGCCCUCGGGGCCGCGCAAGCGCGCGGAGGAGAAGCUCGGGCUGCACGCGGGGGACGCGCUCCCGCGCAACGGCGCGUGCGCGCACUACCGGCGCUCGUACCGCUGGUUCCGGUUCUCGUGCUGCGGGAAGGUGUACGCGUGCGACAAGUGCCACGACGAGGAGGAGGAGGGGCACGCGCAGGAGUGGGCCCACAGGAUGAUCUGCGGGUGGUGCAGCCGCGAGCAGAACUACGCGCCGGAGGCGUGCGGGUUCUGCGGGCGCAGCGUCAUCGGGAAGAAGGGGAAGGGGUUCUGGGAGGGGGGCAAGGGGACGAGGGAUAGGGCGCGGAUGAGCAGGAAGGAUAAGAGGAAGUUUAGACGGGUGGGGGGCAGCGAGGGGAGGAAGAGGAAGGAUUAGAGUGCCUAACCUAAGGUACCUCCUAGGUGUGGUUUGUUUUUUGUUGGGUGUUGGGUGUUGAGGACCGUGGAUGGGUGGCUGGAUUAAUGGGGUGGUGUCGUCGUUGUUAUCGAUGUCUACCUCGAAAGGGGGAGUUGGUAAUACGACAGCGCCGAUUGUUUACCUAGGCUAUCCGGGCGUUAAACACAUUUUAAAAAAGCGAUUUUGACGAGGGCCGUAGGGGUAUAAGCAUCCGAGCUAAUUAUGAGUUUGGAAUCGUUAACUGCCCCUUAUAUGGAGGGUUGUUUGCAACCUCCGUCUCCAAGUCGAAAUUGUCUUAUUGGGUCAAACGGCAUACCUAAUAAUUAUCAAUUACAAAUAAUACUUACUGCCUGAAGCUUAC